CAGAAGUAAUAGCAAAAUUUAUCGAGUCGAGUCAAUCCAAGAAAAUAUUAAAUAUCUCAUAAUUCUAUCUAAUCUCAUAAAUAACAGUGAAUCUAUAGAAAUUUAAAUUGAAAAACGGUAAACCAAAUGAACUUAACUUUAUUUCGUCUAAUCAUCCUUGUUUAGAUUUACAGUUACUAUUUAUUUAACAGCGAAAAAUAAGUGUCAGUUUGUUUCUAUUAAGUUAAUUUUAAUAAGUAUAAUAAUUGAUUAUAAUGUCGAUUGAUGAAUUCCAAAUAUUACUGGAGGUUUUGUCUUAAUGGUGUUUAUUUAUAAACUAUCGAUAAACUUCAAACUGCUUUUUACACAAGAAAGAAAGUAUUUGGCUCAAAGUGAAUUCUUGAUCUUUCACCAACUAGUGACGUCAGUGUGUAAUAUGUUAAUGUAAAUAUUUAAAUCGUGAUAGAUUCAUCAAAAGCAGCAGAAUGAUGCCCGAAGAUGCAGUGGAGAACCGUCAUGGACCCCCCGGAGUCAACUCGCGGUCGCUUGGUGCUGCCCAUACAGCAGCCGAUUUAGAGGUACUCCGCGAGAUAGAAAAUGUGUACUUCUCCCCGCCAUCAGAGUUCGACGCUGCUCGGUACGCGCUGGAACAUGCGCCGGCGCCGCUCACUUGCGACGCGAUAGAAAGCAUGUUCGCUAAGCUUAAGAGACAGCAACAGGUGGUGUCCGGGAAAGCUCUCCAUCUCAUAUCCCAACAACGAGACAACUGUGAUAGGGAGUUCGCUGAAAUCCAGAACAUUCGAACCCAACUGUCAGAAACACUAGAGAAAUGUCAAGAGGCAAGAAAUUCCCUACGUUCGGCGUCCAACCAUUUAACAAUAUCAACGUUUGUCAUACUGGCCAACUUCAGAAAACGACAAAUCAUAAGGUCCGUCCUUAAAUCUCUUGAGCUGUUAAGAAGUUUGCGUAGUGUGGAAAAAGAUGUAGCCGAAUUGUUAGAUAGGAAAGAUUAUUAUGAAGCUAUAGACCUGAUUUUGCGUAGUAGAAAAGCGGCUGGUAAUCACAAAGAGUUCACUUGUAUAGCAGACUUGAAUACUAGGUUACAAGACACGUUAGAUAUGACUGAAGAGAAACUAGAUGCGGUAUUAUCGUCUUUAUGUUAUAAUUUCGAUGGUAAUGUUUUUAGGAAAUUGCGUAAAGCGUUCAAUCUUUUAGGUAAGACUCAAGCCGCCAUGGAACAAUUGCAUAUGCAUUAUUCAUCUGCAGUCAAUUUAUCUUCCGCAGAUGCACUGAGACCGUAUAUAGGUGAGGCUAAUUUGGAUGUUAAGUUUCAGGAUAUGUGCCAAUUGGUGCAACCUAACAAAGCUCCCGUUUGUCUUUUAAAUUUAUGCGAGAAACUCUUCUUGAUUAUGAGGAGUUAUUACCUUUUAGUAAAUUGGCAUACGAAACAUGACGAAGAAGAUACAUCGUCUUCUAGUAAUGUUUUCGAAAUUGAAAAGAGUGUGAGUCGUGAAUAUAUAAGGCAGAAGUUGAAAGCUGGUUUGAUGAGGAUCUGGCAUGAUGUUCAGGCGAAGGUGUCAUCGUUUUUGAAGAGCUCUGGCUUAGAAGAGUAUCCAUUUGAGAAAUUCAUACAAAUGUUAGGCAUUCUAAGAAAAUUAACUCAAAUAGCUGAAGUGUUUUGCGGAGAUAAAUCAGACAUUUUACAAGAUUUCAUCAAAACGCAAAGUGUUUUGUACAUAAAAAAUUAUCACAGGGGUCGAAUGGAUGAAUUGAAGUUGUUUUUGGAGAAUGAGGGCUGGGAGCAGUGCCCAGUGAAAUCUACAUUCAAUUUGUUAAAUUUACAAGAGUUCAAACAGUUUAAAAAGUACUUGAACCCAAAGCAUGAGACAUCAAUCUCCAAAGCUCAGUCCGAUGGUGGUUCGUCAGUGCCUUCUCAAGACGACAGUGUCUACAUGGCGAGAUAUUUUAAUCAGAAAUCCAAUCAUACUCCUUUUGAGAUAUUUCGAAAUGAGAAUGUCACUAAUGAUGAUAUUUUCGGCCUCGAACCUGAAUUGGAAGCUAGCGAUGAUUCUGACGAUGAACCUGAUGAAUUAAAGAGAGAUUUCGUUGAAGAAACAGAUAAAGAAUAUUCAAGUACAAAUGAGAAAGUCAUAGAAAGUCCUUCUAAAGUUAAAGACAGUGUGAUAGUUACCAACACAACUUUAUCAGUUUUGAGAAAUUGUGGUCAGUAUUUGCAAAUCUGUAGGUAUCUGCCGCAAAUUUCUCUAGAAGUAGUCAUGCUUAUGAACCAACUUUUCGAUUAUUAUUUUUACACAGUGCAUCAUUUUUUCACGUCAGAUUUAGAUGUGGCAUCAACAACUUUAUACACGUCAAAGUUAAAUGUAGUUUUAAAAAGAAUUUCAAAUAGUAUAGACACUGGCAGGAAUGCGGGCGAUGGAGAUUCGAAAACAUUCCCAUGCGCAGAAUUACCACAGCAUUUAAAUUUAAAUUCCGAAGACAGUCUUCACGGUUUGAGCGAAAGAAUAGUCGCGGUUGAAAGCGUAAUAUUUCUAUCAAAACAAUUUGAACUCUUACAACCUUACUUAGAGUCGAUAGUCGCGACGCAUCAAAGGAUGCUUUUGGAACAUUUUAGGGAUAAUACUCUAGCUGUUGUCGCAGAUUUAAGAAUGCCCGUUUAUAUGUGUUCGGCUUCAAAAGCUGUUGACGCACGUUCCGCCUUAAUAGCGAUGUCACAAGUCAAGUGGGACGUUAAAAACGUAGCUGUGGAACAUUCUCCAUACGUAGACAUGAUUAUACGGAAAAUUCAAGUGUUCGCGCUCCGUUUAGAUAAUGUUUCGGCGAAAGUGUCUCUAAAUUUGGAAGUGUUAAAUUCAGUCUGGGCGAUGGUGUCCAAAUUCGUCGUACAUUUGUUAGUAGAAGGUUAUUCUAAUGCAAACAAAUGUUCCAAUGGCGGAAGAGGUUUGAUGCAGCUGGAUUAUAGGCAAUUAUUUGUGAAAUUAGAGAAGAUAUCUGGCCUCAAGCCUAUUCCGUACCAAGAUUAUGUAGAUAGGUACGUGAAAGCGUAUUAUUUGCCCAGGAAAGGUCUAGAAGACUUUGUGAGAGAAAGGACUGAGUAUUCAAAUAAACAUUUGUUGGCUUUAGUGGCUUCAGCAUGUGAGAAUAAGAGAGAUAGGCAAGCUUUGGCUGCUAUAAUUGAGGGUAGAGAUGCUGCGUAGACUGAAAUGUUCACAUGAUCCGAGUCGAAUCCAGAAAUUUGAUAAGAUACAGUACUACCACGCUUAUAAGUCGCCUUAGCAAUAUUCGCCUACCGUCAAAUCAAACCGAAUUAAAACUCAAUAAAAUGACGACCUUAUUACAAGUACAUUAAACUUAAAAUCUAAAUUCAAACUCCUGCCGUCUCGUUCGUAAUAACAGUUGAGUUCGCGGGUUCAAAUGGCUCGCUCUGAUUGGCUAAUAAGCUCAAAUAUUAUCGCGCCAAAAAAAAAAAUAAGGUCUUCUGGUACAUCGGUGUUAUUUAUCAAGGCUCUCUAUCAGAAUUGAGGGGUUCGGGAGAGAGAAUAAGACAUAAUAUUAUGAUGUCAUAUCAGAGUACGUGAAUAGUCCUACGGGUAGGCUGAAAUUUAAAAUAAUUAAAAACAGUACAAAAAUUGCGUUUUUGCUCUGGUGUUAGGAAAAAGGUGAUUAUCAUGAUUGAAUCUCGAGAUAUUUUUUUUAUUCAAUAUUGGUUUAGGCAUCUUCCAUCUCACCUGAUGGUACCUAUGUGACGAUGAAGUCGAAGAUGUUACAUGCCUGUCCAAGAGAUUCUUUUUUUAAUUCUACUUUUGAAUAUUCGCGAACAGUACUUGUCUGUGAAUAUGGACGUUGGCCUAUAUUAAUUGAUUUACACAGUUCAAAAGUUGAUGUACUUAAAAUGUAUAUUGUAAGUUAGUGUAUAGUGUAUGCACAAUGCAAAUAUAUGUGUAUAAUUUGAAUUGUAAUAUAAAAUCAUAUAAUCGUGUCUUAAAUCAUAUUGUAGAUCUAUAUUUUUAUUCGAACACUAAUUAGUGGCACGCGACUUUUCUUUAUUUUGUAAAAUGACUAGGCAACUGUGCGCAUGCGCCUUAACCGCAGUAUACACACUUACUGUAAUGCGUACACGCAUCGUAGUGGCCACAAUCGUCGUGUAACGGGACGGGAGCGAAGUUAAGGGCUCAAACGUCAUCAAAGUGAAGAUCUUUCGCCAGGUUAGACGUUAUGCUUUGGGAACCACUCGACAGACGAGUGACGAGUCAAAGAUUGUACAUAUAUAUGCUCCAACCCGUGGAAACUUUGAUAGCGCGAUUUAGCAUACUCGCUGUUAUUGGCCGAUGGUGUAGCAUUCUGCGCUGUGUGUAGAGAUGUCGCCACAGUCGCUUUUGUUCAUGUACUGCGGAGACUGCUGCGCAGAUGAGUGCGCGAGGUUGCAUACAAAUGUCUGCUUUAUCCUUGUGUACUUAAGGUCCACUUUGGCUGUUCUUAGUUUUGUAUCACCCUCUUUGUCUAUAUUCCUCCGCCACUAUGCUUUCGGGUCUAAUCUGUAAAUUUAAUGUUUUAUGAUAUAUUCAUAAUAAUAUGUUGUUGAUGAUAUGUACCUAAGUAUAUUGUAACAUUUACACGUGAUUUCUCCUUGUAAAUAUGUAAAAUAAGAUUAGAGAUCUGUAUUUUUAUGUGUUACACAUAUAUUAUUGUAAA